AUGCAAGGACAAUCAUCGUUCCAGAUAAAGACAUAUGUCCCCACUCACAAUUGUGGCAGAAUUUUUUAUAAUAGACAAGUGAAUUCUACCUGGCUGUCUAAGAAGUACUUGAAGACAUUAAAGUCCAAUCCAUCUAUUACAAUACAGUCAUUCAAGCAAGCUAUGCAAAAGGAUCACAAGGUUGGUAUAUCCAAGAGCCAAGUGUAUAGAACAAAGAGAAAAGCACAAGAAUUGAUAGAGGGAAGCCUCAUGGAACAAUAUGCCAAGUUAUGGGAUUACUAUGAAAAGAUAAAAAGAACUAAUCUAGGGACAACUAUCAUAGUUAAGGAAGAUGAUGAAGAAUCAGAAAAUGAAGAACAUGAAAUAGAUGAAGCCAAGCCUAGGUUUCAAAGGAUUUUUGUAUGCUUUGGAGGUUGCAAGCAAGGUUUUCUGGCAGGAUGUAGGCCAUUCAUUGGGGUUGAUGUCUACUAUUUGAAAGGGCCAUACAAGGGACAAUUGUUGCAAGCUGUUGGUUUGGAUGGAAAUAACAACAGCUAUCCAUUGGCCUUUGCAGUUGUUGAAGGAGAAACAAAGAGUUCAUGGAAAUGGUUUUUUGAAAUAUUGUGUGACACUCUUGGGUGGUUCAACAAACAAGGAGUGACCUUCAUGUCAGACAAGCAAAAGGUAAAUGCUUCACUUGUAGAGGUUUCACCCAUAACAGCGCAUAGGUUCUGCAUCAGACUUCUUUACACCAAUUUUAGAGAUAGCUUCAAGGGAGUGCACCUGAAGGACAUUGUGUACAAAGCUACAAAGGCUUCUUAUGUACAAGCAUUUGAGGCUCACAUGGAAGAGUUGAAGGAAGCUGAUGAAGAUGCAUUCAAUUGGUUCGUUGAAAAACCCCCAAGUACCUGGCCUAAAUCUCAUUUCACACCUACAAUUAAGUCUGAUAUCUUAGACAACAACAUGUGUGAGAGCUUUAAUAGCUUGAUCCUAGAAGCUAGAGGAAAAACCAUAAUCCCUUUGUUAGAGGACAUUAGGUGUAUCUUGAUGAAGAGGCUGCAGGUGAGAAAGGAAGUAAUGAGGGCUUACACAGGACCUAUUUGUCCUAAUAUACAACAAACACUGGAGAAAAGGAAAGAAGAUGCAUGCAAUUGUAUUGCUAUGUGGGCAAGAGCCAUAUAUGACAAACAUGAGCAACCUAAAGAUUAUGUGGCUCAUUGGUAUAAGAAGGAGACAUAUUUGGCUAGCUACGAGCCAAUGAUAUACCUAAUAAAUGGUUAUGAAAUGUGGCCAAAGUCUGUGUUGCCUGGAUUAUUGCCUCUAAAAGUGAAGAAGCAACCUGGUAGGCCAAGAAAGUUGAGAAAAAGGCAAGCAGAUGAGCCUAAGAAUCCUCAUAAGUUGCACGGUGGAAACAUAACAACUAUAUGCAGCUUGCGUGGUGACAAACAAUUAAUCAAGCACCUAGAGAAGCAGUCAGCCACCUACUCAACCUAA